AUGGCUCUCGGUGGCUUCUUCAAGUCCAAGAGGGCGGAACCGGCGUCGGAUGCGCCCCGUGACCCUCCCCAGGAGGCGCCUCCUCGUCUGCGGCGAGCAGAGCCGUCCGUCGUCUCGGAGAAGCGGCCGUCGUCGGUAGUGAGCGGAGACGAUGUCGACCUCCGACCUCCCCCUCGCUUCCACUCGCGGCCGCAGUCGAGCUCGGGACACUCGACGCCGUCGACCAGCGGCUCCAUGUUCCUCGACGACAUCAAGCACGAGGUCAUGGUCAACUACCUCUACCAGCAGCAGUGCUCGCACAUGUGGGUGGGCGAUGGCUCCGCCGACGUGGAGGGCGUGCUCCUGCGCAAGGCGAGGGGUCGUUACAUGGCCUGCCCGCCCAUGCUCGGUGGCUCCCCCUUCGCCGUCGCUUGCGCCGUCAUGAACGUCCAGUGCGCCAUGACCGUCAACUCGCGCGUCAUCAAGACCUUCUUGCAGUGGUCGCCCGAGGCCGUCGACGUGCCUCUCAUGAACGGACUGCGCGUGCAGAUCCUACCGGCCGUCGAGGAUCUCGCCCGCGCCCGGAAGCAUCAGUUCGCCGCCUUUGUCGCCUCCGAAGGCCUGCUCGUCGUCUGGGACGACGACCCGCUGCACCUUGUCCAGCGCGCCAAGGCCAUCGAGUCGGAGCUCAUGGAGCUCGUCUGGAAGGCCGGCAGUGUCGUCGACGACGACGACGACGAGAAGCGCGCCGGAGCCGGAGCCGAGGCCGAGAUCGACGAGGAGAGCGGCGAGGUCAAGGCCGAGCGGCGCCCGAUCCACAUGCAAAACACCGUCCUCGUCUCCGUCACCUUGGUUCUCGUCAUCGUCUCGCUCGGUGCCGCCUGGAGGCAGCUCGCCAUCGAGGUCUCCGUCGACGGCAGCUACCUCCGCCUCGGCCUCGUCGCCCUCGCGCCCCUCCAAAUCUUCUUCACCCUCUUCUUCGCCCAGGUCAUCGUCGGCUGCCUCGCUCAAAUCUUCGGCCCCAUCCGCCAGCUCAGCGUAAACUCCAAGUUUUACUCCGGCCGACCGCCCCCGCGGCUGCGCACGGCGACGCUGCCGCACGUCACCAUCCAGUGUCCCGUCUACAAGGAGGGUCUGCAGGCCGUCGUCGUGCCGACGGUCAAGUCCGUCAAGCAGGCCAUGUCGACGUACGAGCUCCAGGGAGGCUCGGCCAACCUCUUCGUCAACGACGACGGCCUACAGCUCCUCUCGGAAGAGGAUCGUCGCGCACGCAUCGACUUUUACGCCGACAACGGCAUCGGCUGGGUCGCCCGCCCGCGGCACGGCGAGCACGGCUUCCGGCGCAAGGGCAAGUUCAAGAAGGCGUCCAACAUGAACUUUGCCCUCAUGGUGUCCUGCGCCGUCGAGGAGAAGCUCCAGGCCGUCAGCCGCGGCGCCGAGUGGAGCCAGAACGACGAGGCCCUCGUCUAUGAGCAGGCUCUCGGGGAGGUGCUCGACGAGGACGGGCGGGCAUGGGCCGACGGCAACAUUCGUGUCGGCGACUAUAUUCUCCUCAUCGACUCGGACACGCGCGUCCCCGCCGACUGUCUGCUCGAUGCCGUGUCCGAGAUGGAGCAGUCGCCCGACGUCGGUAUCCUGCAGUUCUCGUCGGGCGUCAUGCAGGUCGUCCACACGUACUUUGAGAACGGCAUCACCUUCUUCACCAACCUCAUCUACUCGGCCAUCCGGUACACCGUCUCCAACGGCGACGUCGCCCCCUUCGUCGGCCACAACGCCGUGCUGCGCUGGUCAGCCAUCCAGCAGGUGUCGUACCGCGACGAGGACGGCUACGACAAGUUUUGGUCCGAGAGCCACGUGUCCGAGGACUUUGACAUGUCCCUUCGCCUGCAGUGCACCGGGUACAUCAUCCGCCUCGCCGCCUGGGCCGGCGACGGCUUCAAGGAGGGCGUGUCGCUGACCGUCUAUGACGAGCUCGCGCGCUGGGAAAAGUACGCGUACGGCUGCAACGAGCUGCUCUUCAACCCCAUCCGGACCUGGCUUUGGCGCGGGCCCUUCACGCCGCUGUUUCGUCGCUUCCUCUUCUCGGGCAUCCGCUUCACCUCCAAGAUCACCGUCAUCUCGUACAUCGGCACCUACUAUGCCAUCGGCGCCGCCUGGAUCAUGACGGCCGUCAAUUAUUUCCUCGUCGGCUGGUUCAACGGGUACCUCGACAAGUACUACGUUGACUCGUGGCAGGUCUGGUUCUCCAUCAUCAUCGUCUUCAACGGCCUCGGAAACAUCGCCCUCGCCGUCAUGAGGUACCGCAUCGGCGAGCGCAGCCUGCUCGGGGCCUUGUGGGAAAACUUCAAGUGGACCUUGAUGCUGGCCAUCUUCCUCGGCGGCCUGUCGCUUCACAUCAGCCAGGCGCUGCUGGCGCACAUGUUCGAGGUCGACAUGACCUGGGGGGCGACGAGCAAGGAGGCCGAGUUCUCCAACUUUUUCAUCGAGGUCCCCAAGGUGCUGAAGAAGUUUAAAUUCUCCAUGCUCUUCGCCCUGUUCUUCAUCGUCGGCAUGAUCAUCCUUGCCGUCGCGCCUUUCAUCCCGCACGACUGGCGCAUCACCGAUUUCGUCGCCAUAUUGCCCUUGGCCACCGUCGCCGCGAGCCACUUUCUCCUCCCGCUCGCCUUGAACCCGGCCCUCAUGACCUUUUCGUGGUAG